UUCAACAAGUUUUACUAUCAAUAAACAUAUUGAUGAAAUCCACAAUUAUCAUAAUGCAAUAACUUUCUAAUAAUUAGUUUUCAAGAUAAUUUUGAAACUAAUGAUAUAUAUACUUUUUGUAAUAUCUGAUUUUCUUUAAUUUGACCUAUAAUAUAUAUUAUAUUUUUUUAAAGAUUAAAAUCAAAUUAUGAAUAUUGCACAAUUUAUUAAAAAUUUAGGGUAACACAAUUUAAUAUAUUUUAUCUUUUCUGUUUUCUUGUAUACCAAUAAUGAUGGAUUCGAUCUGAUCAUGAUUCAAAUAUUGACCUAAAAACUUUCUUUGAAUAUAUGGUAUAAUCUAAAUUAAUCAGAGAAAUGAUCAAAAGUGGUAUUUUAUUUCAAUGAUAAAUGUGCGAAUUCUGUAGUGCUACACAACUUGUGAUCAGUAUGUUGAGUCAGUAUCAAAGUUCAGUUUCUAAGUGAUAGAAUUUAGAAUAUUAUUGUGUAUUAACACAUAUUACAUGACUUAUAUUUCAUGAGAAUCAUUGUCAAAGAUUAAUAGAAUUGAACACAAUUUAUAAUAAUUCAAGUUCAAAGAUCCGACACUUCAACAUUCAAAUACAUGUAUAUGUCAAAAAUUGAUUGUUUGCAUAUUAAUGCAUUUUGGUGCAAAAAUGAAUUUGACACAUAAUUCAAGAUACAGUGGAUAUUCAUUUUUCCCUUAGAAUUUGAACCAAAAAAUAAAAUAAAAUAAAAUAAAAAUAAUGUUUAUUCACUUUGAAAAAUAUUUAUAAUGAAUGCCCAUAAGAAUAAAUGGAGAAUAAUGAUGAUAGACAAGAUUUAUAUCCCGAAGCAUCAUCAUCCAUGGGUGAUUUUGAGGAUCGGGCUUUUGCUACACUUGACAAAAAUGUUAAGGAAUUCCUUGCGGAAAUCCAAGGAGAAACGGCUUUGGAUGGAUUUCGCAAGGAGUAUGAAAUGCUUUAUGCCACAAUUCAAAAACAACACAAUUUUGAAAAAAUAUUGCACCAACAACAUCAAAACCUUUCCAUAGCAAUAGCCAAAAAUAAGAAAACCAUGAAAGAUGUGGAAAAAAUAAAUGAACAACAUCAAAUCACCAUAGCCCAACUAAAAAAUGAUAUUGACAAGAAUUGGAUUUUGGUUGAUGAUGCUCAAGACAAAGAAUCAAAUUACAAUAUCAAAAUCAAUUCUCUUAAGAAGGAAAUCGAUGAAUUGAACAAAGUUGUGGAAAGUGGUCAAACAGAGGCUAUGGCCGAAGACGUGCAACUUCAAGAUUUAGAAAAAGAAAAAAUGAAUGUUUUAAAGGAAAGAGAUGCUCAAAUGCAUGCUCUACAAGAGCUCAAAAACGUGCUUAAUGAAUGGAGUGAUAAGAAUCAAGCAAUUGAGCUAGAAAAAAUUAAUCUUGAGCAUAGCACCUCACUUCUUCAAGAAGAGUAUAUCAUGAAAAGAAAAGAAUGUGAUCGAGAAACAAAAAGGAAAGAAAAAUUGGAGAAAGAAAUGAAGAGUUUGCAUUUGGAGAUGGAAAAUAAGCAAGAAGAGAUUAAAAAAAAACAAGCCUUAAUGCAAGAGGCACAACACCAAAUUGACAAAUUGGAACUAAAAUUAAAAGAACAAAGAACUCUCAUUGACAAAGCUCAAAGGGAGCUUGAUUUAGUCUUGCAAAAGGUAGCUAAAGUUAGCAUUGAGUUAGAAGUGCAACUUAAAACAAAUACACAAUUGAUGUUUGAGAACAGUCAAAGACAAAGUGAACUCAAAGCAAAAGAGGAGGAAAUUGAAACUUGCAAAGACAACAUUAGUAAAAUCAAUAAGGUUUGCAAUAAUACACACAAUAAAUUGAAACAAGUUGAGUUUGCCAAAGAGGAUUUAGAGAAACACAAGGCUCAUAUUAUUGAAGAGAAAGUAAAUAUUGAAAAAGAAAUUGAAUUGCAAAAGAAGAAAACGAAUCAUGCACAAAAGCGCAUCGAUGAGUGUGCAAGAGAAAGAGAUGUUCUGAAUAAAAUGAAGUCUCAAGUUAAAGGUGUUGUAGAAAAACAACAGGACUUGAUGCAAAUUAAUCAAGUCAGAAUUCAUAAUCUAGAGGUUGAAUUGUCAAAGUAUCAGGGAUACAUUAAAAAACAAUUGGAAACUAUUCUUAAACUUGAAGAAGAAUGCAACCAAAAGAAUAUGGAACUUCAAGCCUAUGGAUUGAAACACAUAAAUGCAUGUGAAGAGCUUUUGAAAUGUGAGACUAAUAAUGUCAAAAUCCAAAAAGAAAUAUUAGCAUGGGAACCCAAAAUCAAACAUCAACAAAAUCUAUACAAAGUGAUUCAAAUAGAGCGGAAUGUAAAUAACAAAAAGUACAUAGAAGCUCAUGAUGAAAUUGGUGAAAUGAAACGUAAGUUUAAAGUGAUGAACAACUUAGUUGAGAAUUUGAAAGAUGAAAUCACAUCCAAAGAUGUUGCUAUAAUCAAAGAACAUGAGAAUCAUCAAAAGAUUGAAAAAGAAAGAGAAAAAUUGAAAGAAGAACUUUGUAAAGUCCAAUGGAAAAUCAAAUCAAUAGAUGUUGUCAUAAAUGACCAUAAUCUACAAAAUGAUAGUUUAAAGCACAUCCUUGAAGAAGGCGAUCUAGAUGUCAUGCAUCAAAAGAAAGAACUUGAAAUUGUUCAAAGUGAAAAAAGAGUUCUUGGAGCACAAUUGAUUCACAAAAACAACGAAUUGAUGGAAGUGUAUAAUAAGAUCCGAAUACAAGAGUCAAGUAUCCAUAAAGGCCACAUUGAUUAUUGCAAUCGGCUUUCUGAACUUCGUCAAUACAAAUUUAAACUUCAUAAUCUAAAACGUGAGUACACAAUGCUCACGGGUUCGUGUAAGAAUAUUGUAAUAUUAAGGAAAGAGGUUCACAAUUUGAGUCAACAAUUGGUGCAAGAAAAGACAAAAGUUAAAGCAUUAAGUGAGGAGCUUGAAAACCCUCUUAAUGUGCAUAGGUGGAGAAAACUUGAAGGUACAGAUCCGCAUUCUUAUGAAUUAAUUAUAAAAAUUCAAUUGCUUCAAAAAAAACUCACCUCAAAAACGGAAGAAGUGAUUGAGAAAGAUAUACUUAUACGAGAAAAAGAAAAACUUUACAUUGAAUUGUGUAAAAUUUCAGCAUCCCAACCAGGUAUUGAGGUAGCAAAACAAGUUGAUGUUUACAAACGUAAAUUGCAAGAUAAGAUGAAACACUUGUCAUACAUAACCUCGGAGCUUGCAAGGAAUCAAAUUCAAGUUGAUGAAUAUAAAACGGAAAUUGACACAUCCAUGAAAGAACUUGAUGUUGUUAAGAAACAAUAUUUUGCAAAUAAAAAAGCAGAAUUAGCUUGCCAACCCAAAAAACCAGUUUACCAGUUUUGAAAUCUUGAAACAUUGUGUAAUAUUUUUCCAAGGUAUAAUUAAUUUUGUAAAUGUGUUAAAAGUU